AUGGCGCAUGGCGGGGGAGCGGAAGAUCACAACGAGAUCGCUCUACAACAUCGAGACUGCCUGCAAAGCUUCAGCGAGCUAUUGCAAUUAACAGUUCUUCAGUAUCAUGCGAUCUUGCCUGCCAUUCAAGAACAGUUCGCCAGGUUCAGAGUCUGGGCCGAGAAUGUAGGAGCGCACCGAGUUGGGCGAGUUUCCCUGGAUUAUCGCCUCAGGGAAGCAGCCGAUGUGAAGGCGAUGGUCAUAGAGCUACUAAGCGAUCUCAACGAAGCUUUAAAAGAUGCUCUCACAACUGUUUCGACUGCAGACAAUCGGUCUGUCGCGCCACCACCAAGCCCACCAGCGUGGCCCCCAAACGAUCAACAGUCUCCAGCUGAACCGGUGAUGGAAGAACUAGACGAAUGUUUGGGGGAGGUGAGACAUGUCGUAACAUGUCUAUACAAGUUUUCGAUCGCUAUUCAAAACCCCGCCCCGCUUCGCAGACUUCAAAAGUCGUCCGUUAUCGAUGUUUCCCAUUUCGAGCACUUCGAUAUUCAGCACAUUUCCAACAAGUUUCCCGGCGCGCAUCCCUACUUGGUGGAACGUCUCGGAAGGUCAAACACAAGGCGACGCCAGCUACUUAGAUAUCAUGAGCUGCAUCACGAUAAAGUUGCUGGCCGGUACGGAACGAGCAAGAAAAGGCCUGCAACUCAUACGCUUUCGGCAACCACAGUAACGGCCUACGAACGAACCACAGAAGAAAAUACACUUGAGCAGCUCUCCGAUGCAGGUUUCUCGCAGACAUCAUAUUCCUCCUCUGUCUACGGUAUAGUCGAAAAGCUGCGUGUGCCGCCUCCGCCCAGUCAGCAGUGCGCAUUCCAAGGAGAAGCGUUCCAAUGCCCAUAUUGCUUUAUUAUCACCACGGUGACAGGCCAGAAAUCUUGGAAAAAAUACUUCUUUAGAGACCUGCGUCCCUAUGUGUGCACUUUCAAAGAGUGCCCCAAAUCCGAUCAUCUUUUCGACAAUCGCAACGAAUGGUACCAACACGAGAUGAAGAUGCAUCGCAGAGAGUAUUUUUGCAACGCUUGUCACGAGACAUUAUCCUCCCACGCAAAAUUCCAGGAACACCUCCGGGAAAAGCAUUCGAAUCUCUUCAACCCUGACGAGCUACAGACCAUCCUCGAUAGGUGCGAGAGACUAACACAGUCGGAACAGCUAUGUCCGCUGUGCCCAGAAAAACACUCCUUAGAGCGACUCCGGCGACACCUGGGAGGCCAUCUGAAGCAGAUUGCCCUAUUUAUUCCAAUGCCUCGCGACGAUGAAGACGCAGAGAAAGCAGAAUCUGUCGGUGCAGAGGCGGAUGAGUCUCAAGAUUGUCAUAGGUCUGGAAAUGGAAGUUCAUUGGACUUUGAAUCGAACCCAACUCGUACCAGCGCUCCGGACUGGCCGGAGGGCCGUACAAACAUCCUCGAAGAUGACAACCACCUCACUCCCGCCGCCGCCGCCGCCGCCGACGAAAUAGUUAACAUCUCCGAGGACCAUCGGGAUUACGAAACAGCUUUGGAGUGGCACCAACGGGCGUUGGAUGGCUCCGAAAAGUUACUGGGCAAGGGCCAUUCUUCUACUCUCGAGUUCGUCCAAAGUAUUGCGAAAGUCUUCUACGCCCAAGGGGAUUACGAAACAGCUUUGGAGUGGCACCAAAGGGCGUUGGAUGGCUCCGAAAAGUCACUGGGCAAGGGCCAUCUGGGCUCUGAAGGAAAUUCUUCCUCUAAUCACCAUCCCAGCCCCCAUCACCUGCUUCUGGCGAGCGCAUGA